AAAAAAAAACUUUGAAUUAUUGCAAAAUUUUAAUUUUUAUAAAAAAAAAACUUCCUUUUUAAUAAGUUUAAGAUUCAAAAUUUAUCGAAAAUGGCACAAACGACAGGUGUUUUACCGUUUGUAAGAACAAUUGACUUCUCGCGCAAUGAUUUUAGCAAUGAUCUCCCUCAAAACUUAAAACUUUUAUCUGGCCUACAACAUUUAAAACUCGACAAAACAAACUUAAAUGAAAUUCCCGAUGAACUGGGCAAAUUGACAAAAUUAGAAAACAUUUCUAUGAAAAAUAAUCAACUACAAAACUUAUAUGGAGAAAUUUCUACACUUAAUAAUCUGAGGUCAUUGAAUAUUCGCAAUAAUAACAUUAAAACAUCUGGCGUACCAAAUGAACUAUUUAAUCUUUUUGAAUUAACUACAUUGGAUUUAUCACAUAACAAGUUGAAGGAAAUACCAGAAGGAUUAGAUAAAGCCAAAGGACUUUUGGUUCUCAACUUGAGUCAUAAUCUGCUCUGUGUCAUACCCAAUGGACUCUUUGUGAAUUUAACAGACCUCCUCUUCCUCGACUUAUCGAAUAACUUUUUGGAAACUUUGCCGCCACAAACACGAAGACUUACAAAUUUACAGACACUUAUCCUUAACAACAAUCCAUUAGAGCUCUUUCAAUUGAGACAGCUGCCAUCACUUCAGAAUCUUGAAGUCCUCCAAAUGAGAAAUACACAACGAAACUUGUUAAAUUUUCCCACAUCCUUAGACAAUUUAAAUAAUCUAGUCGAACUAGACAUUUCCGAAAAUAAUUUACCUAAAAUUCCUGAAGUUGUCUUUAAUCUUAUUAAUUUGAAACGAUUAAAUGUGAGUGAAAAUGAGAUAAAGGAAAUUUCGCCAAAAAUUGAGGCAUUGCAAAAGUUAGAAACAUUGAAUUUGUCACGUAAUGAAUUAACCACGCUUCCAAAUACUUUAUGUAAACUCUCGAAAUUGAGGAAACUUUAUAUUAAUGAGAAUAGUUUGAAUUUUGAUGGAAUUCCAAGUGGUAUUGGAAAGUUGGGCUCCUUGGAAAUUUUCUCAGCAGCUUGCAAUCAGCUAGAAAUGGUUCCUGAAUCAUUAUUCCGUUGUGGCAGUUUAAAGAAAUUGAAUUUAAGUUUCAAUCAGCUAAUCACACUUCCAGACACAAUUUAUUUAUUAGGUGAUAUGGAUAUGCUGAAUUUAAGAAAUAAUCCAGAUUUAAUUAUGCCAGCUAAGCCAAUUGAAAUGCAAAAAGGCGAUGGCGUUGAAUUUUACAAUAUUGACUUCUCUCUACAAAAUCAGCUUAGACUUGCUGGUGCACAAAUACCUCCAUCAGUCGCAUCAUCAUCUACGCCAAAUCCAAAAGAUGCAAUUGCAAGAAAAAUGCGUCUAAGACGAUCUCGAGCUAAUGGCGAUCAAGAUUCAGCUAAAAUUCUGAAAGGUAUGAAGGACAUAGCUGAAGAAAAAAACAAUAAUGAGAAUGGAGAUAAUGCAAUGGUUCAAAGUCUUCAACCAAAACGAUGGGAAGAGACACUUGAGAAGCCACCUUUGGAUUAUUCAGAAUUUUUUGAGAAUGAAGACGGGAAUGGUGAAGGAUUGACUAUUUGGGAAAUUGAAAAUUUCCUGCCGAACAAAAUCGAUGAAGUUACACACGGAAAGUUCUAUGAAGGUGAUUGCUAUAUUGUUUUAAAGACAUUUGUACAAGAAAGUCAGCUCUCUUGGGAGAUUUAUUUCUGGAUUGGAUCAAAUACAUCACUCGAUAAAAAGGCAUGUGCUGCAAUUCAUGCAGUCAAUUUAAGAAACUAUCUCGGAGCACGUUGUCGAACGAUUCGAGAGGAACAAGGUGAUGAAUCAGAUGAAUUUUUAGCAUUAUUUGACAAUGAUAUAGUGUACAUCGAAGGUGAACACACUGGAACUGGUUUCUUUAGCAUCGAAAGUUCAACCUUUAAUACACGAUUAUAUGUCAUUCAUAAUGACGAAACAACACUACAUCUUGAACCAGUAACAAUUGAUUACUCAUCAUUGGAUAUUCAUAAUGUCUAUCUUCUUGAUUCUGGUCUUAAAUUGUUUUUAUGGUUUGGCAAGAAGGCAAAAAAUACCGUAAAAUCUAAAGCAAGAUUAAUGACAGAGAAAAUUAAUAAGAAUGAGAGGAAAAACAAAGCUGAGAUAAUGAUGGAAACGCAAGGUCAAGAAGGUGCAGAUUUUCUUAAGCUUCUAAACGUUACAGAUCCAGAUGAGAAACCAGAACUUAAAACGGUUCCAAAUGAGUGGAUCCGAGAUAAUCCACGAUUAUAUAUAAUUCAAUUGGGAUUGGGGUACUUGGAGAUGCCUCAAGUCACAUUACCGCAACAGAAAUUAGUACAUACACUAUUGAAUAGUAAGAACGUAUAUUUAUUGGACUGUGGAACGGACUUGUUUGUGUGGUUUGGUAAGAAAUCUACUCGAUUAGUACGUGCAGCGGCUGUUAAAUUGAGUACAGAACUAUUUAAUAUGAUUAAACGUCCACCAUUCUCAACGAUAACGAGAGUUCAAGAAGGAACCGAAACACAAAUCUUUAAAUCUAAAUUUGUUGGAUGGGAUGAAGUUAUUGCUGUCGAUUUUACAAGAACAGCACAAAGUGUUCAACGCACAGGAGCUGAUUUAGCUAAAUGGGCUCAAAAACAAGAAACAAAAGCAGAUCUUGCAGCAUUAUUUAUGCCAAGACAGCCUUCGAUGACAGCUCUUGAAGCUCAGCAAUUAGCUGAAGAUUGGAACUACGAUUUAGAUGCAAUGGAAAAUUUUGUUCUCGAAGGCAAGAAAUUUAUUCGACUACCAGAAGAGGAACUGGGAAUAUUUCAUUCUGCAGAAUGUUACGUUUUUCUUUGUCGUUACUGCAUACCUGUUGAUGAUGAUGAAGUUGAUGGCGCAGAGAAUGUCCAAGAAAAUGCUCAUAUUCCUGAAGACGAAAUUCAAUGUGUUGUUUACUUCUGGCAAGGACGUGAUGCUGGAAACAUGGGAUGGCUCACGUUUACAUUUACAUUACAGAAGAAGUUUAAGGCAAUGUUUGGUGAAACAUUGGAAGUCGUCCGUAUCCAUCAGCAACAAGAGAAUUUGAAAUUCAUGAGUCAUUUUAAAGGAAAAUUCAUCAUAAAAUCAGGAAAACGAUUAGACAAGAAGAAAAAUAAGGAAACAAAACUUCCAGUAGAAUUUUAUCAUCUCCGUCAGAAUGGAAGCUCUCUUUGCACAAGACUCAUUCAAGUCAGACCAGAUGCAACAUUGCUUAAUUCAGCAUUCUGUUACAUCUUGAUUGUACCCUUUGAAACAGCAGAUGAUUCUGAAUCUGGAAUUAUCUAUGUAUGGAUCGGCUCCAAGACAACAGCUGAGGAAGCAAAAUUGAUCCAAGAAAUUGCUGAGACUAAGUUUAAUAAUCCAUGGUACAGUUAUCAAGUGAUUAAUGAAGGAGAAGAGCCUCAGAACUUCUUCUGGAUUGGAUUAAAUGGACAGAAACCACAUGACACUGAUGCUGAAUUUAUGAACUAUACUCGUCUAUUUAGAUGUUCUAAUGAAAAAGGAUAUUUCACAGUGGCUGAAAAAUGUUCCGAUUUUUGCCAAGACGAUUUGGCAGACGAUGACAUUAUGUUGCUAGACAAUGGAGAACAAAUUUUCUUAUGGCUGGGAUCACGCUGCAGUGAAGUGGAAAUUAAACUUGCAUACAAAUCAGCACAGGUCUACAUUCAGCACAUGAGAAUAAAGCAGCCCGAGCGUACCCGAAAACUCUUCCUUACCCUUAAAAAUAAAGAAUCCCGUCGAUUCACAAAGUGCUUUCACGGCUGGUCAAAUCAUAUCCAACACAUGUAAUUUUAAUUAUAUUAAUUUAUUAAUUUAAUAUUUAUUUACACACUAUUAGCUUGUCACUUCUUCUUUUUUCAAUUUUUUUGUAUUCAAUUGCGAUAACAAUAAAAAUAAUCAAAACAUUAACAUAUUUAAAUCGUAAGGAUAAAAGUUUCGAACAUUCUAAAAUGUUAAGUAUUUUUUUCAGCUUAGCUAUGACUAAGCACUAAGCCAAGAUUCAUCACGAUUCCUUCGUUUAUAAGAUUAAGUCAUUGAUAGUUUAAAAAUGCAGAGAAUAGUUUUUUAAAAACAUAAAUUUGAUUAAUGGCAGAAAGAAUUUCUAGUAAUUUUGAAGAGUUUUAGUCGUCGUCUUCAUCCUCUGGCACAAAUAAGUCAUUCUCCUCAAGAAAACUAAAAAUAUACAGACACAUAGAGAAAUGUUGUUAUGAUUCAGAUCUUCUUAUUAUAUUUCAUACCUGGCUAUGUUCUUAGAAAUAAUUGCACCUAAUAAUAUUCCAGGAAUCAUUGUGCAAAAUACUCCUAAUAUUCCGAAAGCAUUAACUGGUGGCAUUGCCUAAAAAUAGGAUUAGAAAAAUUUUAAUUUUCACAUUUUUCUAUCCUAAGCACGAAAAUUCUCGAUCAGAUAUUUAUGUCACCUUCAAUGCUCCGGACUUGUAAUAAACUCCCAUGUUUCUAUUUUGCUGCGAUAGCAAUCGUUGGUAACGAAAUAAUCUAGCAACUUUUGGUAUCAUCUUGGAUAAUUGGAAGAAAAAUUGAAUUGAAAUUUUCUUAUUGAUCAAUUACAAUUUUUUUGCAGAAUCUCUUUUUCGGGGCGGUUCUUUUGAUU